CCUUCGAUUGUUUUUUUCUAUCGAAACGCAGAUUCCCUUCGUCGACAUCCAGAUUGUCGUGACAGUGUGAAUUUUCCAAAUCUACGUCUACUGAUCAGCUGUGUGACAUAUCGUUCGUCAGGGAAAGUUACUAAGUUAGACAAUGUCUUGGGGUGGACAACAGCACUCAUACGGUGGUUACAAUCAGGCUUCACAGUAUCAACCAUAUGGACAGCCCACUGCAUAUGGUCAACCAAACUAUGGUCAACCACAAUAUGGACAGCCACAUUAUGGUCAGCAGCCACCAUCCAAUCAGUACAAUUAUGGUAAUCCAUAUCAACAACAAGGGCCAGGACCAGGGACUGCACCUCCAGGAUACGGGGGUGCACCUAACAUGGGUGGCUCAUUUGCAUCAGGAGGCUAUGGGAGUUUCCAGUCUCCUGCACCACCUGGUGUUAGCCCAGAAUUAUGGGACUGGUUUCAGGCUGUUGACCAGGACAAAUCAGGGAAGAUCACUUGCCAAGAGCUGCAGCAGGCCCUUAUGAAUGGAAACUGGUCUCCCUUCAAUGCUGAGACUUGCAGGCUUAUGAUUGGCAUGUUUGACAAAGAUAGAAGUGGCACAAUUGAUGUUCAUGAAUUUGCUGCUCUCUGGAGAUAUAUUCAAGACUGGAAAAACUGCUUUGACAGAUUUGACACAGACAGAUCUGGAAACAUUGAUGCUAAUGAACUUGGGCAUGCCUUCCGUACAUUUGGUUACAACCUAUCUCAACAGUUUUCUCAACUGGUCGUACAAGUUUUUGAUCGACGGGGAAUAGGAAGGAUCAAUUUUGAUGACUUCAUUCAAGCAUGUGUCAUGCUCAAGACGUUUACAGACAAAUUCCGUGUUAAGGAUUCGCAGCAGCAAGGCAUCAUUAGUAUCAGCUAUGAAGAGUUCUUGGAAAUGGUGCUUGACAAUACACUACUUGGAGUGCAGAAGUAAAGUAUACUUCUGAACUUCCUCUCUCAACUGUGAUGCCUUAGAAUUCCCCCAUACACCCACCCUGUUGCAGUCAAUAACUUUUACAUCAGACAUUUUUUUAAAGUACAUCAGGGAUAUUAAGCAUUAUGUGGAUUCAAACUGCAACUUAAAAAUCCAUUAACUUUUUGAGUUUUUUAAAACAGGUUUUAUUUGUGUUAAAUUAAUUUUAUACAAUGAAGUCUAGUGUCAGACAUGUUUGCAGUUGUCAAAGUCUCAAUUGUUUGUAGGUCAGUUUUACAUCUAUGACGCAUAUGCCAUUAUUAGUAAAAGAAUAAUCCUGUUUUCUUAUUUUAUACAUUCACGGUGACUUAAUGAUUGAUGCUGACUUUGUGAAAUUUAAAGGGAGCUGCCCAAAACCAUGUCCGGUGGCGAGGUGUUGUUGCGGCCCUAUGCUCCUCAAAGGAGCGACAAGGAAUAAACUAAACUGACUUGUGAAAUAUAUCUGCUUACAAUUUUGGGUUGCAGAAAACUACUUUCUGAAAAUAGUUUUUAAAACACAGUUUUGGAAAAGUUCAUAAAGUCUUUCAUUUUUCCCUAAUCUUGUAUAAAGGAAAACAAAUAGACCUUAGUUCAUGGUGUAUUUGGACCCAUCUAACAAGAAGAGUUUUGAGGUACUGAGAAGGUUUAGAGUUCUAGAAGGGGGCCAAAGACAUCACUCAAUAACAAAACAAUGCACCCUUCAUGACUCAGCUUGGACCUUUGCUUUAGGUGCAAUUGUAUGUCAGCAGUUCUUUUAAAGCCCAAAAUUUUAAGUGUCGGUGAUACAGUGUAGUGUUCUCUAUCAUUUAAACCCUUUUUGCUAGUUGACUAGAAUGUUCCUUCAAGCAUACGAUAUGAAAGAUUACAGCUUACCUUACUGUGUUUGAAUGAUCAUAAAGGUACAGAAGGUACAAAUAGCAAUACUACAAAGAAGAAAACAAAUGAGAAUAUUUUUUUCUUCCAUUCUGAUGAAAAGGCAGUUUUUCUUUAUGGAUGAUGGUAUUGUAUAUACUGUUCAUAUGUAACUGUGUUUGGAUGUGGGUGCAUAUGUAUUUUUAAUCUGAGGAUGGUGGCAAGUUUCAUUAAAAUCUUUAAUUAUUAAUGCUGUUUAUUUUUUAAAAAGAUGACUCAAAACAUGCUCAUAUUCUUCGUGCAACAUUAUUAUUUUCAAAAUGGGCGUCCUGCCUGAUAGAUUUUAAGAAAAGGGGAUACUGUUUUUAAAAUCUGUAUUUAAAUGCUUACUUAAAAAGAGAUUUUACCAUUUAUAAUGACAAAUUUACUUUUGUUCAUUAUUUUAAUUAGAAAGAUACCAACACUACAGUGGAAGUAAUAUAUUUGAAGACCCAGUGUUGCCAAUAACUGUAAAGACAAAGUGGACAGUAGAUAUGUAUAAUUCCAUCUGAUAGAUUAACAUGGCACCUUCACAUUAUAUCUAGUUGUUCAGUUGAAGUUUCAUUGUAAUAGAGAUUAAUCAACCUUUCUUAUCAUAUUUUAGUCAUGUUUUACUAUUCCCUUCAUUAUAGCUAUUACAAAGUUAUUUCAAGAAAUUUUGGUAUAAGUGCUUUUCUUUCAGGACAACUGAAUAAAAUCUUCUAUUAAAAAUUUGCAAAUGUUUAAUUGUUAAACGUUUUUACUGUUCAGUCAUUUGUAGAAUAUGGAAUGACUAACAAGUAGAUUAAUCUUGUGUUGACUGUUGUUCGAUUCAAGUCUUUUUGGGGGAAAUAAGAUAUUUUAUUUGGCAUUUUGAAAAAGGUAGCAAUGCUAACCAGCUUAUUUUGCAUGCCCUGAGCAAAUGUCAAAGUUUUCCUAAUGAUUUGUACUGAAAAAACUUUCUCUAUGUUAUUCACCAGUUGCAGGCCUUUUUUAUAAUGGUGGUUGUGAAAAACACAACAGUACAAUAUAGAGAGCAGGCACAUUUUUUUAAAAAGUGGCCUUGCACAGUUUUUUUUUACUUUAGGCAUUUACAAUUAAAUGUUGAUUUUAAAAGGCGCCAAAGGAGACUUCAUGUUUGUAUAUACAGUAUUAAAAUCAGUAUCAAGUUUUCAGCAAUUGUAUUUCUUUGCUUGUUUUGUAUGAAGAAUGGUUUGUGAAUCUAAAGUAAAGUGACAUUUGUGCAAUCAUUUCAGCAAGUUACGUGGCAAAUUGCUCAUGACAUCCAUACAUAUUUGAUACAUGCCACAAUCAUUAGUCACCACGUUACCUGAUGGUUUUCAGGUAUUACCUUUUUAUACCAUUGCUCAAAACAAUUUUUACUCUGAACAUAUUCUUUCUGUAUACGUGGAAUAACAAAAAGGAAAAUAUUUUAGAGGGAGUGGGAGAAAGAAAGGAGUCCCCAGUUUAGUAUCAUUUGUGUUCAUAGCAAAAGUUUACUUUACAGCUUCCCCAAAUAAAUCACAUAAAUAUACAUUAGCACUUAUUAUCUUUAUGACUAUGAAUCUAUGCUUAAUUUUUAAGAAAUUGAGGAUAGGGUGUAGGCACUAAGCAGUUGUAAAAUGUAAACUUCAAUGCCUGCAUCUAUUAGAAGUUUGCAUUUCUUGCUUAAGUAGUGGCACAUACAAGCCCUAAAGACUGAAAAGCUAUAAAAUCAGCUUCACUGAGUAUGUUUAGGCACACUUUUCAUAGCUAAAGCUGCUGUUAUGUUCUCUUCGGGUCUCCAGACAAGGUUUAAAGACUGGAGAGUUCAGAGUUAUGUUAUCUGUAAAUGUUUUUUUCACUAGUUACCCAUUUUUUUCAAAAAUAUCCAGGCUGGUUGAGUAAUUACAUAAGCAUCUUCAGACAUUUUCAGUAGAAUUAACAAAUUAUUGUUGUGUAUUAUUUUGCUAUUUAUUGCAAAGUCAGUUCUUUCCUAAAACUGGGAACAACUUCUGUUAAAAAAGGGAACUGUUUUAGUUUAGCUGGAUGUGCUCAAUUAAUGAUCACUUUGAUGGAGUGAUUUGACUAGACAAAAGGGGAAAAAAACCCUAGGGGAUUAUGCUGAGAAUUCUGGCGUAGGCAUAUUAGAUUUUCAUAGCAUCAGCUUAUAAGCCCAUAGCUUGCUACUUUCAUUUGCAAUGCUGCUUUCAAAAUAAAUAUGUGGAAGCGUGUUUGCAAAUCUGACUUUUUAGUUUGUGAUGUACUUGGUUGCUAUUUUAAAGAAAAAUAAGAAUGACACUUAGACAAUUUAAUAGGAGGAUGCACUUUUCUUUGCAUCAGUUCUGUAUUGCUCUUUUUCUAGCAGAAAUGUCAGCUAUAAUAAUUUUUUUAUGAUAUGUUAUUGUGGUUUUUCUGUAACUUUUUAUAUGGUGCAUUUCUCUUGUGUUUCAAAGAGGUCGAGGUGUUCAUUUCAAUACGCAACGUGUAUGACACUUAUGAACAUUUUUAUGUGAAAUAAGAUAAGGUGCUAAGGCUUUAAAACACACUGUUCACUUUUAAUUGGUUUCAUUUUCUAGUUGCCAGAAUUAAAGACUGACCUGAUCA